AAUAUCAAACGGCAUCUCUAGAUUUUAUAUAAAAGACACAGCGUAUGAAUCCUUCUGACUACUUUAGACUAUUUCGCUUAGUAAAGAAGCAUCAAAAUGAAUAAACUGGUAAUCGCGUUGUGUUUGGCUUUGGCGAUCGUCGACGUCAACUCACAGUUGCUAGGCAAGUUGAUUGGCGCAGCAGAAAAUGCAGCAGCUAGGAUACUAAGAUAUGAUAAUAACAACGAUGGAAGCGGCAACUACCAAUUCAAUUAUGAACAAUCUGAUGGUACCAAGCAUGAGCAAACGGGUUCACUUAAGGAUGCAAGCGGUCUCAAUCCAUUUGUCAUCGUUAAAGGAUUUUACGAGUGGAUUUCACCUGAAAACAAAAAAUACCGUGUCCAGUAUGAAGCUGAUGAAAACGGAUACCGGUCAGAAUUAGAAGAGGGCCCUGGAGUUCCCCCUAAUGUCGGAGCUACUUUGCUCGGUUGAUAAUUUAAUAUUGCAAUAAGUUACAUAUUAGGAGUGCAUUUAUAUCAAUAAAAAAAUCAAAAACUACGUAUGUUUU